AUGAGACGUAACUUUACUUCAGUGAAUGAGUUUAUUCUUCUGGGACUGACCAGUUAUUGGGAAUUACAGAUUGUCUUCUUCCUGCUAUUUCUGGUCAUUUACAUGGCCACAGUGGCAGGGAAUCUGGGCAUGAUUAUACUCAUCCAUGUCAAUGCCCGGCUCCACACACCCAUGUACUUCUUCCUGAGCCACUUAUCCUUUGUGGAUCUGUGCUUCUCCACCAAUGUGACUCCAAAGAUGCUGGAGAUUUUCCUCUCAGAGAAGAAAACCAUUUCCUAUUCUGCUUGUCUGGUGCAGUGUUAUUUUUUUAUUGCCUUGGUCCAUGUGGAGAUCUACGUCUUGGCCAUGAUGGCCUUUGACUGGUACAUGGCCAUCUGCAACCCUCUACUUUAUGGCAGCAAAAUGUCCAAGAAUGUCUGUACAUCCCUCAUCAUGGUGCCUUAUGUGUAUGGAGCUCUCACUGGGCUGAUGGAGACCAUGUGGACCUACAACCUGGCCUUCUGUGGACCCAAUGAGAUUAAUCACUUCUACUGUGCUGACCCUCCACUGAUUAAGCUGGCUUGUUCUGACACCUACAACAAGGAGCUAUCCAUGUUUGUUGUGGCUGGUUUCAACUUCAGUUAUUCUCUCCUUGUUAUCCUCAUUUCUUACAUCUACAUAUUUCCAGCCACUUUGAGGAUUCGAUCUACAGAGGGUAGGCGUAAAGCUUUCUCUACCUGUGCUUCCCACCUGACAUCUGUUACCAUAUUCUAUGCAGCUCUUUUCUUCAUGUAUCUCAGGCCCCCCUCAGAGGAAUCUCUGGAACAGGGGAAAAUGGUGGCUGUGUUUUAUACCACAGUGAUCCCCAUGUGGAAUCCCAUGAUCUACAGCCUGAGGAACAAGGAUGUGAAAGAGGCGCUAACUAAAGAACUAUUCAGAAGAAAAUUGCCUUUGAAAUAAACUUCAGUGCUCCUAUUGGCUAGAUUUUUUUAUUUGUUUGUUUGUUUUUAAUUUUAUAUAGCCUAUGAAUUAUUCUUAGGAAACCCUGGUGCCAUAGUGGUUACAAGCUACAUCUGCUAAUCAAAAUGUCAGCAGUUCAAAUCCACCAGGCCCUCCUUGGAAACUCUAUGGGAUAAUUCUACUCUGUCCUAUAGGAUUGCUAUGAGUCAGAUUCAACUCAAUGCCAACAGGUUUUGUUUCGGUUUUGGUAUGA